GGCAGCUGUCUCGCUGCUCCCUCCUACAGAGCAGAACAAACGCUACAUUCAUCUGAGACUCCCUCGAGCCGGAGCACAAUAAUAUCAUUAAUGCAGCUGGACGCAGGGUCACACACCGUCUGAUAAUGUGGAAGAUCUGCGGGCUUCUGAUCUCCUGGACUCUUCUGCUGCUCACACUGCGUGUCCGAGCACAGUCUCAAAGCAGACAGACCUUCACAUGUGGUGGGAAUAUAACAGGAGAGUCGGGUGUCAUCGGCAGUCAGGGUUAUCCUGGAGUCUAUCCACCCAAUACCAAAUGUGUGUGGAGAAUUACAGUUCCAGAUGGAAAAGUGGUCGUACUCUCAUUUCGUUUCCUGGACUUAGAGAGUGACAACCUGUGCAGGUAUGAUUAUGUGGAUGUUUACAGUGGUCACACCAAUGGGCAGCGCCUCGGCCGCUUCUGUGGCACGUUCAGACCGGGAGCCCUAGUUUCCACCAGCAAUAAGAUGCUCAUACAGAUGGUAUCCGAUGCCAAUACAGCUGGAAGUGGAUUCCUGGCUGUGUACUCUGCUGCCAACCCACAUGAACGCGGAGAUCAGUACUGUGGUGGCAGAUUAGUAAAGCCGUCAGGAUCCUUCAAGACUCCUAACUGGCCCGAGAAAGACUAUCCUGCUGGAGUCACGUGUUCUUGGCAUAUAGUGGCACCAAAAAACCAGAUUAUAGAGGUGAAAUUUGAGAAGUUUGAUGUGGAGAGGGACAACUACUGCCGUUACGAUUACGUAGCAAUUUUUAAUGGUGGAGAAAUUAAUGAUGCUAAAAGAAUAGGAAAAUACUGUGGAGACAGCCCUCCAGCGCCAGUGUUCUCGGAGGGAAAUCAACUCUUCAUACAGUUCCUCUCUGAUCUCAGUUUAACAGCGGAUGGUUUUAUUGGUCAUUACAAAUUUAGACCCAAGAAGUUUGCUGUCACAACUGUUCCACCCACCACGACAGCACCACCCACUACCACCAGACCUAUACCUUUAAAGUAUUCUGCAGCGCUGUGUCAACAGAAAUGCAAACGAAAGGGAACGCCUGACAGCCAUUACUGUUCCAGCAACUUUGUGAUCACAGGAACAGUCAUCACCGCAGUAACGCGGGGUGGUAGCAUGUACGCCACUAUCUCCAUAAUCAAUGUCUACAAGGAGGGCAACCUUGCCAUUCAGCAGGCUGGCAAAACCAUGAGCACUAAGAUUGUCAUCCUGUGCAAAAAGUGCCCAUACGUCAGGCGUGGUCUGAACUACAUCUUCAUGGGUCAGGCAGAUGAGGAUGGCCGUGGAAUGAUCGCCCCACAUCAUUUCAUCAUGGCUUUCAAGGCCAAGAACCAGAAGGCCUUUAACAUGCUGAAGAACAAACGCUGCUGAGAUAUCACAGACUGACUCGGUCUCUGAAUCCACACACGGAUGUGUGGUGUCUUCAUUCCCACCCUGCAUGACCCAGCUACCUUCAUCACCCUCUUCAGCCGGGGACGAGGACUGUUGAAGCACAUAACAGACCCCUGGUCGGGCUCUCUUGAUCCUACUUCUCUUCAUACUCUUGUGAUCAAAAUGUCAGCAAGAACUAGUUUAAAAGAGAUAGUUCACCCAAAAAGGAAAAUCCAUCCAUUAUUUAUUCAUACCUCUUGACAUUCAAAACCUGUAUGACUUUCUUUCUUCUGUAGAAGACAAAUGAAGAAUUUUUUAAGUAUCUGUACACAGAUUUUCCAUACAGAGAGUCAGGGGUGUAAAAAGUGAUUCUUAAGUGAAAGUAUGGAUACAGAGUGAAACUUUUACUCAAUUAAAAGUCCAGGUAUCUAGCCAAAAAUAUACUUGAAAGUAAAAAAAAAAAAAGUAUUCACAUUCAGUUGUACUUAAGUAUUAAAAAAGUACAAAGUAACCUUUUUCCUAGCUAGAAUGAAAUCAAGAGAGGAGAUUAUUUGAGAGAGGAUGUUGUUAAAUUCGAUUGGUUUGUGAAGUCACCUUUUUAUUGUCUCUGACGACUGUCAAAUUUCUCCCACAGUGGCAUACGUAACCUGGUCAUAGAAUCAUGUUACAAUAGCUACAUUUUUGCAAAAUGAUUUUUAUGUGGCCUGUUGUACAUAACACAGCAAUUUUCUAAUCAAAUGAACAAUAGAGGUUCUAAAACGACAAUGACUUCAUCCCCUUUCACUCAAAUCACAAGUAAAAUGGCAGAUUAUCAGUUCAUAACACUUACUUUUUGCUCUGUUCCUCACACAAUGCUAUCUUAUGACAUAUAAACACUUUUACUAUAGCGCAUGACUCAUUUUAACAUUUGCAUUACAUAACCAACUACUUUUACAAGCUUGUUUAAAGGAGCAAUAUGUAACAUUGACAUCAAGCAUUUAAAAUGCGUACUGCAGUCCAAAUUCAAAAUAUUGGAGAGACUCGUCUCCCCCGCCCCCUCCUCGAAGCUCACGCGGGUUGCUAGGUUGAGGACACGCAACAGGAACGAGCAAACUGACAAUGGCAAGCGACGAGCCUUACACUGUAAAUUGAUCAGCUAAUGUAUACGUUUGCAAUGUUUUUAUUGUUUGCAAAUUAUAAACCAGCUCAUGUGGAUUUUUUAUAACUCUGUCAAUGUUAGCUAGAUGUAUUGCUGGCUUCCAUGGCUGCAGCACGGUCAAACCUGGCAACCCGGGUUGUUGAAACACUAUUGGGAAAUGGGCAGUGGGCGGGAUCACACAGGCCAAAACACAAACAGAAAUUCUGGCCCGGAACGGACAUAGUAGAAAAUACUGACUGUAGCAUUGUUUUCAGAGAAGCCAGUAUUUCAACUUAGCAUGUUUCCUAAAUCUCUGAUAACAUAUUAUAAUCAUUUUAUGCUUUAGUACAGUAAAUAUAUUACAUAUUACACUCAUGGUGGUAGCUCAACUGAUUGAGUGUUACAAGUGAUACAAAGGACUGGGGUACAAGUCCAGAAGAGCAUGCGAGUUGACAUGUGAGCUGAAAGUGUCAUAGAAGCACCACAAAAUGACGUGGUUGCUUCAGAAAUUGUGUUUUUCAUGUCACAUUUGCUUUUUAUGACACUAUCGGUUUAAGGUUUAGGGUAAGGAGGUAGGUUUUGUUGAUUUAAAACUCGAUAGAACAUUAACCUUGAAAACCUCAUCUGUUUGGGAGAACAUUUCACUCGCUUUUAGCGCCACACAGUGGACAUUUCACUUCGGAACUGCCCUGAGACAUAAUGAACCACAUCAUUUUAUUUUGCAAAAACAUUGCCACAGUCACACAAUGUCUGUUGCAUGGGAGAAGGUACUUGAGAAUUGCGAUGUCAGAGUACAAAGCCCCUUAAGACAUAGAGAAAUAUCAUAACAAUUCCAAAUAAGCUUUGAAGAAAGUUAGUAAUGUUGUUGGGUUUGUGAACUGUUUUCUGAGGUUUGCUACCAAACCUUGCUGUUGAGCAGAUGGAUAUAUUUAUUACCAUUAUUAUCAUCAUUAUCAUUGCUGGUUUGAUAGUUAUUAUUAUAAUUAAUAGUUGCCUAACAACAACAACAACAACAAUAAUUCAGCAAAUAGGGAGUAGAAAUUAAUAGAUAUAUGAUUUAAAUGUCAAGGCAAGUGUAGAAAUAAAUGACAUGUACUCAUUCAAUUACAAAAGCCUUUUGUUUAUUUUAUAUAUAUAUAUAUAUAUAUAUAUAUAUAUAUAUAUAUAUAUAUAUAUAUAAAAUUGCAACGUGUAUUAUCAUUUUUGACUUCAUGACUGUCCAAUCUGUAGAAGAAGCAGGCGUCUUAGAAUAAAGUUUAGGACAAAAAGCGUCAGUGUUUCUCAUCAAUACAUCACAUUCAGGCAGUCACAUACGGUCUAGUUGCACAAAUAUUUCAACAUCAGAAACUCAAAUCAGAGCUGAAAUUCCGCCUCUGCAGAUGGUCGGAACUCCACACAGCUGCCGUGUGAUGCUCCAUUUGAAAUGACUGACCUCUGGUCUGUCAUCUGUCGUUUGUCGGAUGCAGUGAAAAGGUGGCUUCAGUCCAGUAAGACAAUAGAAAAUGAUCUGCAAACAUGUAUCGAGUACUUUUCAAGCUUAAAUAAAAUUUUAAGGAUAAAAAAGUACUACUUUUUUUGGAAAUCUAAUUAAGUAAAAGUACAAGUAUUCCAUUUAAAUUGGACAACAACAUUUGGGUUUAGAACUAUAUGAAUGAAUAAUUUUAAAUGAGUAAAUUAACUCUUUACAUAGAGAGAGAGAGAGAGAGAGAGAGUAUCGCAAUGGCCUAGUAAGACAUGACAUACAGUAAGAUCAAGAUUUUGGCACAGUUCACAAGAUACACUUGGUUUUCUCUCUGUCAAAAUAGUGAAAUUAGAGUUUCCUUUGUGGUAUCUAAAAGGCAACACUUUAGUACCAUCUUUUUGCUGUGUUUUGGAAUCAUGCUGGAUUUAUGUUACAUUUUGCCUUUAAAAUAUUAUCAUAGAAACUGAUUCCCAAUGGUGAAUGUUAAUUUAUAAAUGAUUUGUUUUAUGAGAUAGAAAUAAAAUCAAUUUAUCAGUUUUGCCAUGGAAA